AUGGAUUGGGUAAUAAAUGAAUGGUUUAUUGUGGAAGAGAACAGGGAAGCAAAAACAACAGCAAAAGAAAGCAGCAUUGCUUAUCAAUGUAUCGUUAAAGGAUGCAGCCACAAGGUUAAAACAUUAAACCAAUUAAAUUAGAAUGCAGCUAUUUUUUAUAUAAUAGUAAUUAAUUUAAUUUCUUAAAAAACGAAUUUUAUUUAAUCUUAAAUGGCAUAAAAAGGUUAUGUCACCACUUAAAAAAGCAUUUUUUUAAAUGCCCAGAAGAUAAUGGAAAGUUUAAAUGCUUUUGCAAGCUUAUUCGGCACAUCCAAAAAGAGCAUUUAGUCUGCCAAGUCUCAACGAAUCAAGACCAAACAUCUAAUUCAAAUAAAGAGGAAGUGAUUCAGGAAAGCUUAACAAGUUUAAAACCAAUAGAGGAUGAGAUUGAUAAUAAUAAGAUGCCAAACAUCGCGAUUCCUAUAAAUUUCAGUGAUGAAAUUCCAAAGAAGAGGCAAAAUUCAAUAGAUAAUGACCAAGGAGCGACAAAGAAAAAUUUUCAUUCAGCUCUUAAGCCAUUCAAAAAGAGUGAAGCUGUUUAUAAAGACACUUGAAAAUCUUGCACAAAUGACUUUAGCUCCGCUCCUGAUUACGGAGUUCGAAAUCUAACUCCCUCCAACCCUCCAUGAACGAACAAAAAAAUUUUGUUCACUUACGGAGGGAGAUUAAUUUUUUUUUUAAAAUUUAUAUACAAAUUUUAUUGAAAUUUUUUUAAAAAUUUAAAAACUCAAAAUUGGAAAAAAUUGAGUGGCAAAAAUUAAUUUAAUUUAAUAAAUUUAAGUUUUAAAAUGCAAGUGUUUAAAAUUAAACAGAAUUAACUAGAAAUUUCAUUAUAAUAAUAUCAUUUGUAUAUCAAAAUUAUUUUUUUAUAAAAAAUUUUUGUCCGCUCAUGGAGGGUGGGUUUUGGGCAAAAAUGGCGAUUUUUCAAUGACUUUGUUCGCUCAGGGAGGGGGGGAGUAAGUAAAUUAGACGGCUCUAAUAACAAAGAGAUCUUUGAGAAAAAAUACUAUGAAGGCAAUAAGAAAGAUUUACCAAGUGAAGUAAUGCUAGUAAAGCCUGAGAUACCUCAGAAGAAAUCAGUGAAGCAUGAAAAGGAUCACAAAAAGCCUUCAACUGCUUCUAAGAAUUCAAAUAAUACAGUGAGGUGCGCUUUAAACCCUUUUACAGCUAGAGUAGCUAACUCUCUUUCCUCCAUGGCAUGGCAAGCAAAGCAACCAGAAAAUCCUCUUAUUUUGGAAUUUGACAUUUAAAUAAUAAUUAUUAUAAUGAAAUCUAAAUUUUACUUGUUUAAUACAUUUUUUAAUAAUUAAUUUAUCUAAUAUUGGAAUUCAAUCCAAACAAAAAAAAUUUAAUAUAAAAUGAUUUAAAAAUAAAAUGUCAUCUCCUUUAAAGAAAAAAAAAUUAAGUUAGCUUGAGGAGAGAGGAUUAAGAAAAGUGCGGCUAAAUUUGAAGAUAUACCUAUGAUACCUAGCCAUAAUUCUUUGCAGAAACGCCAAUUUAAUGAUGAUCAUGCCCGAAGAGUAUUUAAAUAA